UAUUGCAGCUAUUGAACUGUCACCAGAGGAAGAGGUUGCAGUCAAACGAUUCAGAUCCCCCAAAUCUCUACUACACAACACAUUUAGUUUGAUUCCCAAUAAACAGAUAUCGGAAUAUAAGUUUAGAACACGAACUGUCAAUAGUCAGUUAAAGAUGUGUCAAAUUACGCUGCAAUAUCCUGAAGAAUUCCAAGUAGUUGGACAUGGUAGAAGGAAAUCUGAAGCGGAAAAUGUGGCUGCUGCGGUAGCAUGUGCUAAAUUGAUGGACUAUGGAGUGCUAGAUGAGAAACUCAGACCAGUCAUGCCAGAAUAUGGAGUUUACAGUCAAAUGCAAAUAAGAGAAUUUGUGAGGAGAGAGACACUGCCAAUGUGGUUGCGUAUUGAUGAGGAAUUACAGAAUGAUAUUACCAAUGCACUGGAUAACUGGAAGAGCUGCAAUGUCAGACAAGAUCUCCAUGAGGACACUGUGUCAAAUGAUGUGAUAGACAAUAGCACUGACAAUGAGGAUAUGUAUAAAAUGAGAGAAUACUUGUCAGAAGAGGAUCUAGAUAGAUUGCUAUGGAAAAGUGACACAAUGAGACAACAUUUAGAAUUUUUAGAAAAUGAUGAAUCUUUAUCAAGGAAGAAGAUGAGGGAAUCUGUUGCUAAGUUACCAAUACUUGCAAUGAGAUCUGAGAUUUACUCUGCCAUUGAAAAUAAUCAAGUAAUAGUAUUAGAAGGGGAUACAGGAUGUGGCAAAACAACACAAGUACCACAGAUCAUAUUGGAUGAAUAUAUCAGAAAUGGACGAGGUGCUCACUGUAAUAUAGUAGUUACACAGCCCAGACGAAUAAGUGCCGUCUCUAUAGCUGAGAGAGUAAGUGAUGAGAGGGCAGAAAGAGUUGGACAGACAGUAGGAUAUCAAGUCAGGCUGGAAAACAGAUUGCCUGAAAAAGAUGGUUCUGUAUUAUUCUGUACAGUGGGAAUUUUACUGAAAAAAAUACAAAGUAAUCCAUCAUUAAAUGGUGUAACACAUGUGAUAGUGGAUGAAGUCCAUGAAAGAGAUGUAAAUACAGAUUUCCUGUUGAUUUUACUGAAAGAGUUGGUCCAGAAAAACUCUGAUAUUAAAAUUAUAUUGAUGAGUGCAUCAAUAAAUACGCAUAUGUUUUCAAAAUAUUUUAAUAACUGUCCCAUCAUUAGUGUACCAGGAUUGAUGUAUCCAGUCAAGGAAUAUUUCUUGGAAGAUGUUUUCCGGAUGGUUGGUGAUGUGCAAAGAAGAAAUGGGAAUGGCAGACCUUCUUUUGAUAAACCUGAUACUAACUGGGAAAUGGUAUCCCGAGUUAUAGAAUACAUUGAUACUAACAAACCUCAUGGUGCAAUUUUGUGCUUUCUCCCAGGUUGGCAAGAUAUUGUUGCUGUUAGGAACAGACUUCAAGAGUUAUGGCCAUCGCAAGAUUUACACUGGAUAUUUCCAGUGCAUUCUAGUGUUCCAAUGUCACAACAACAAGCAAUAUUUGAAAAACCUCCAGAGGGUGUGAGAAAAGUAGUAUUAGCUACCAACAUUGCAGAGACUUCAAUUACGAUAAAUGAUGUAGUCUAUGUAGUUAAUGUUGGCAAUCAUAAAGAGUUACGUUACAAUAUAGAAACAGGGACAUCAUGUUUAGACGUUCACUGGAUAUCACGAGCAAAUGUAAGGCAGCGUAAGGGUAGAGCUGGUCGGUGUCAACCUGGUGAAUGCUAUCAUUUAUUUACGGAAAACAAGCUGCAAGAUAUGGACGACUUUCAACUUGCUGAGAUGUUGCGUGUACCAUUAGAGCAGUUAAUAGUGCAAACGAAAAUACACACUCCGCAUACAAUAGUUGCCGAAUUUCUAGAAAAAGCACUUGAACCACCAUCUGAAGAUGCAGUUGAAAAGGCAGUUGAUUUAUUACAAGAUUUGGAUAUUUUAGAUGAUGAUGAGAAUUUAACACCUUUGGGUAAAAAAAUAUCACACAUAACAACUGACCCAAGACUUGCUAAAGCCAUUGUCUAUUCAGCUAUAUUCAGAUGUGUAGACCCUAUACUUACAAUAUCUGCCAGUUUGAGUUCUAGAGACCCUUACAUGGAUUCAUUGGAAAGGCGAAGUGAGGUGAAUCUGGUCAAACGGAGGUUUUCAGGGAAUUCAAAGAGCGACCAUAUUGGACUGCUAAACGUCUUCAGUGAAUGGUUGAAAUUCAGCAUGCAUAAUAGACAUGAUGGCAGAAGAUUUGCAAUGGAUAAUAUACUUCACCACGGUAGUCUCAACUUUAUAAAAGGUUUGAGGAGACAAUUUUCUGAGAACUUGUAUGAUGCUGGUAUGGUGAAUUUUGAAAAAAGUGGAUUAAUGUAUGUGGACGGGUGUAAUGAGAAUAGUGAUGACCAGGAACUCAUCAAGGGAGUAUUAGCGGCAGCAUUGUAUCCAAAUAUUGUAUACGUCAGACGUGGAGAGAUCAUCAAUGAUAAACUGAAAUUAAAUAGUGUCAUCUGUAAAGAUUUAGACAAUAAUAGGAUUAUUCUCCAUCCAAGUUCAGUGAAUUCAGAUGAAAAAAAGUUCCCCCAUCGAUGGCUUACCUACUUCACCAAGACCAAAUCGUCAGGUACCUUUAUCCGAGAUAGUUCUAUGGUGCAUCCCAUGGUAUUGAUAUGUCUAGCUGGCAAGUCACUCUGUGUUUUACCUGUACGAAAGUCUGAAGGUAUUAUACAUAGUUAA